CACGUUUGAUGACACACGGGGAGCCAUGGCUUCGGAUGGUGGAGAAGCACCUCUCAGGUCCAUGGCUGAGGCCGAAGCGGCCGAAGCGGCCGAAGUGCGUGGGCUGCAAGUGGUGCAGCAUCCCAGCGGUGAGGAAUUUCUGAUGAUCUUGGUGCACUACAGUUGGAUGAUGUUAUUAGUGAUCCUUCUAUUGGCUCUCACUUCGUUCUGUGCCCAUCGGAGACAUCGACGUCCCUUCCGAAGGAAGACGGCGGAUGGCAUCGAACACGCUGUGCACGCCUCGCCGGGGUUGCUGGCGUAUGGGGGCUAUCCCUUUGUCCUGAGAGGUUCUGUAGCUUCCAUAUUCUUCAUGCUGGGAGUUCUGCCUUUAUUCCUGGUCUGUUGCUCAGUGCUCCUGGGACUCUCGGUGGCCGCCUUUGAAGAUUGGCCCGCCGCCAUCGGGGUGGAGUACCUCCUUUCCAACGUCUUGGGCAUGACCCAGCCUCUGACGGAUAUCGUGCCCACCAAUGAUGCCGGCAUCCACUUUGCUAUCAUUGUCAAUAUGUAUGCGGUGAUUCUGGUGACCACCGCCAUGGGUCUCGUGGCCAACAUGUCCUUGAUGACUGCCUUGGCUGGCAAAGUCCCGGAGUCGACCUGUGGCUUUCUGGCUUUCCUUUUCAUCAUUACCCCGGUGACGAUGGUCGUCCUCACCUGGAUCAUCGGUGCGCUGAUGGCCGGGAUCGAGGGCUGGAGCCUUCUGGAUGGUUAUUAUUUCAUGGCGGCCUCAAUGGCUUCACUCGCCAACCCUGUGGGGGACGCAGUGCCGGAGACGGCCCUGGGCGCCUUCUUCGAAUGUUUGUGCCUGGCGAUUGAGCUGUGCGUUGGUGGCUGCAUCUUGGGGAUGGUAGCAUCGCACCCCGCGACGCUGAAGUUGUGCGACUUCCUGGAAGGCAGUCAGAGAGCUGCCGGCGCGCAGACCAUGUUUCAGCUGCAACUGCAGGACCUUUCCAAGGAAGAUCUUCGAGGGAGACUGAAAUCCAUCAGGUUUGACAUGACUUUGCGCCAGCUUCCAGAUGCUGAACGACAAGAGAUCGAGAAGCAGCUCGGGACUUUUGAUGAUCUUGAUGGCAACUUCUCUGCAUUUUCAGUGUAUCGUGGUGAUGCAGAGGGAGAUGCGUUUUCUGAACCAGAACCGGGGAAACGUAAAGAGCUGACUGUUGUCUUCGUUAAGAUGUUGGAGAUCCACGAGACGAUUCGCUCAUUCCCGGUGGCCAGUUCAACGGAGGAUGAGCUCCAAGAGCUGCGCGAGCGGGUUUUGCAACUGGAGAAACAGCUGGAGCAGGGGAACUUGGCCCCGGACGAUCACCCAGAGAGUCCUGCUCGCCUGAACUUGCGAGCCAAAGCCAAGUGUGCCCCCCGUCCCUCAGCACCGCCGUCAGAGGUGGGCAGUUGGUCCGACGAGGACUUGGGACGAUCCUGGAGUGUGCAAGCCGAAGUGAAUCAGCAGGGGGAACGACUGAAUUCGAUGGAAGGGACUCUAGCGCAGAUCGCGCAGCAGCUCCAAGCACUGUCUCAGAUGGUGAUGGCCCAGAACCAGCCUCGACCCUAG